AUGGCUGAGGCGUUGCCAUCUCCUACCCUGACGGACCUGGGCCUCACCUAUGCCGAAGCAAUCCCCCAGCAGGUACCCACACCAGUGUGUUUGGGAGCCAUUCUGGAAGAAGACCCAGAACCCUCGGGGGAGCUCGAGGUCGAGUCCCCCGGCGUGGACCUUUUACCCAUGCUCCAUGCCUUCGAUAGCCACUUCCACCUGGACCGGGCCCGUCGGAAGCUGAGACUACAGAAGGACGCUUCAAUGAGGGAGGUGGAGGACGCAAUACCUGUCACUUCGAAGGAAUAUGCACUCAGCAUGUCUGGAGUGGCGGUCCCGGAAGUGGCAGGAUUUGGUGAGGUGGGGAUUGACCAUACCGUUCGUUCCCCGGACCUGUGGUUUCGCCAGGAGCAGCAGUUGCGGAGCUUGCUCCCGUGCACCCGGCCCCGCCAGGCACUCAUCCUGCACAUCCAGGGACUGAGGGAUGACCCGACGGGGCUUGAAGCCUACAUGAGGUGCCUGGAUGUGGUGAGGAAGAUGGUCCCACCAGAGCAGAAGAUCCAGCUGCACUGCUUUAGUGGCACCGAAGAAGUGAUUCAGGCCUGGCUGACGCGUUUCCCUAACACCUGCUUCAGCGUGUCAAGGAUGGUGUCGAAAUUCAACGACGCCCAACGCCAUGGUGUGAAAUGCAUUCCAUCCACCAGACUCCUAAUAGAGACAGAUGCGCCCUACUAUUCGGUCAGCCCCGAGUUCCCCUGCAGCGCUCCACACUUGGUGGACCAUACCGCCCGUCGUAUCUCUCAGAUCCGGGGGUCAUCAGUUUGCCUGGGGUACUGGAGUUGA